AUGUGUGAGCACCUGAGACGAGAGGGAGGGAAGGGAGGGGGGCGAGGAAAGAGUGAGAGAGAAAUAGAAGCAGGGAUGGUGGUACGUAGGUGGGUUGGUGGGAGAGAGGAAGAAGAAGGACGAGGGGACAGGUGAUAUUUAAGCAGCUGUCCGACUCUCUCCUCAUCUUUCAUCCGUCUUUCCUUGGCUCUAUCUCCUUCUCAUCUCUCUCUCCCUCUUUACCAAAGACAAAGGAGGUCCUCCAUCAGCACUCAGGUAAGAUGGACAGGUUAAGGCACAACUUUGCCCCUCUCCUUUUUUCUUCUCUGUAACUGAUAACUGUUUUCUGGGAUCAGCUUUACCCAUGUUUUUAUAUAUGUGCCUUAUUGCGAAUAGUGGAACACUUUUUCACAGUGAGAUACCGGCGAGGACCUUGGUAUCCAGAGCAAUAAGACUUAUGGGGCGAUAAGUUGAGCCCAUCACCUCAAACUUCAAUUGGUUUGCCUGUUGUAAAGGAGGUUUAAAAUGUUUGAGUUGGACAGACCAAAACCUGUGAAGAAAAUAAUUAUUUCUAUCUAAUGCUCAGAAAGUAAGAUAACUUUUUCCAUCAAUGCUAAUGUUUAAAAUAUCUUAAUUUUAAGACAAUCUAAGAAACAUAAUGAAAGAAUCCGUCAGUUUAAGAUUUUUCUGCCUUUGUCGUCCUUCUUCAUCUGCGGUGGAAGGUAGCCGAGCUACGGCGGUGUUUGUCAGACCAUAAGACUUCCCGAAAAUCGGUCUUCUCACGAAAACGUCUGUAGAGUCCGAACGGUUUGGCCUUCAAACUAAUACCACUCUAUAGAAAGAUGAGACUCUCACAAACACGAUGGUGUUCUCCGUUUUGGUCUACGAGUGUCAUGGGACUGGUCGAAAGGUAACUAACAUUAAAAAAAUGGAUGGAAGUAUGGAGGUGGUUUUGUGCCAACAAAAAAAAGGGGUUAAAUAUGUGUCCAAAAAACAAAAGCUUUCUUAUAUCUCCUAGUUAUAGGACAGACACUGAUUUAUUUUUUGACUGUCUGUUUGGCCAUUUAUGAACGUGUUAUUCAAUGUGUUUCUAUGGGCUAUAGUAGUAAAGGCUAAAUUCUAUAUUUUAUCAAAUCAUUUUUUAUACCUCCCAGAAUUCUAAAUCAAAUCAAAGCUAAAUGAUCCAUGGUGUGACCAUCUUAAAACAAUUCCAUGUGUUAGCUUAAUAUAGGGGUCUCCAACAGGUCGAUCGCGAGAUACCAGUAUCUCGCAGGCCACCUAUGCGUCGCCAAACAAUUCUGAAAGUACAUGCAAUUUUCACGUUCUACCCAAACUGUCAUAAACAAAUAUCACAAGUAUCAGACACCGCUAACUAUCUAAUCUAAGCAACAUUGACAUUAUCCCACCCCUGGUUAGCCACUAUUGGCUUAAAAAGCUACACUGAACAUAAUAUCUGCCGAUUAAUUUCCAGCAAUAUUGCCCCUGUCUGUGUGGUGCGCGUGUUUGUCUAUCACUCAGUGUGUAGCCAGUUGAUGUGAUAACCAUCUUGUGGGUUGACAGAAAUACUUUCCCCAAAAUCUUCUCAAUUAAAUGUUAACUGCAAAGUAGGCUUACCUGGCAGAAGUAUAUCAUGAGGAAGUAUGUCAUUUGUAUCUAUUAUUUGCUAACUUUGCCAUGAAAUGAGCAGCAGCAGUACAGAACCAUCACUAGACCUGCACAUUAGAAGGCACAUUCCUCACUUGCUAGAUGCUCAAUAAAAGAGCGAAAAACUAAAUAAAUCUAAAACCAGGAAAAAUUUAACUGAGAAAACAUCAUAUGGGAAAAUAUAAAACAGAAUUUGGGGAAAAAAUCACAUAUUUUAUAUGGCCCCCCUUAAGAGUAGUUUAUUCAUCAUUAUUUACCAGGUAUGUUGACAGAAAACAUAGUGCACUACUUUCUCGUGUACAGUAAGAACCUGGGGAAAAGUUGCAGGGGAGAGGAGAAGAGAAGAAUGUUCCUAUUUGAAAGCUAGAAAAAAAUGAGUAGCUAAUGACAUGUUUCAUUUUUUUUAAGUAGCUCUAGAAAAGGUUGGAGACCCCUGGUUUAGUAGAUUGUAGAUUGUAGUGUGUGUGUGUGUGUGUGUGUGUGUGUGUGUGCGUGUGUGUGUGUGUGUAUCUCAGGUUACCAGAUCACCUGGCCUGAGCUCCUGAUUGUGAUUGCCAGGUGGUUUAUCUGCAUUUUGACAGUUUUGUGUUUCACUUGCGGUUUCCUUCUGUUACUGUUACAUGAUCAAUAUGAUUGUGAAACCCUGAGACCUCCAUCUCAAGUUACCUCAGUGACAUUAUCUUUACUUAACAAGCAGUUUACAAGUCUGUCAACUGAGAGAUUAAAUGACCUAUCUGUGUCUGUGUGCGCACAGUCUCUCCAACAAAACAACUCAAGAAGAUUCCAAGAUGCCGGACAGAAUGUGUGUAAGACUGUUCCUUUUAAAAAGCUGUCCCUUCAUCUCUCAUCCCUCACAUCUUUCACAUGUCAAACCAAGUAAGGUUACAAAACACUAUCCAGUGGCCACAGUAUGUCGAGAAGGAAUAGCUCAUUUGUAGCCUGUAAUUUAACCUCUGCAUAUAGUAGCCUAGGCCUAGAAUUGGGACACCUCUUUCUCUAGUUUGCUGAUCUUUUUCCGUCCGGCGUGUAUGUUUCACUCUUUCUUGGUGGAGGCUUCACACCCAUGUCCGUCAUGUGACCGCACAUGCGGCUGGGAUGGAGCGUGCAUCCUUUCAUAGUGUCUGACCUCUGCCCUUCCCUCCAGUAUGUCCAAGGAACCAUCUUCCAACCUGGAGAAUGCCAUGCAGAUGCUGAUCAAAACCUUCCACAAGUACUCGGGGAAGGAGGGGGAUAAGUACACUCUGAGCCGGGGAGAGCUGAGAGAGAUGUUAACAGAGGAGCUGGGGAGUUACUUAGGGGUAAGAGGAGUGUACACGUCGAGAGAGAGACACACACACACAGACACACACACGCAAACAUACAUACACACCAGUGGAGGCUCCUCAGAGGAGGAAGGGGAGGACCAUCCUCCUCAGUGAAUUUCAUACAAAUAAAAAUGGUAAAACAUUGAAAAAGUUAUCCUUUUUAGAUAAAACUAAACUAAAUAUAUUCAAGUCACAAAAUAAUUGAUAAAAAAAAACACACUGUUUUGCAAUGAAGGUCUACAGUAACCUCAGCAGCACUCUGUAGGGUAGCACCAUGGUGUAGCAGGAGGACAGCUAGCUUCCGUCCUCCUUUGGGUAUAUUGACUUCAAUACAAAAUCUAGGAGGCACUUGGUUCUCACCCCCUUCCAUAGACUUACACAGUAAUUAUGACAACUUCCGGAGGACGUCCUCCAACCUAUCUGAGCUCUUGCAGCAUGAACUGACAUGUUGUUCACCCAUUCAAAGGAUCAGAGAAUGAAUCUAGUACUGAAAGCAUAAGCUACAGCUAGCUAGCACUGCAGUGCAUAAAAUAUGGUGAGUAGUUGACUCAAAGAGAGAGAAAGACAAUAGUGGAACAGUUUUCAACAAAUUAAUUUCUUCAAAAUGAAGGAGAAGCAAGAGAGAGAGAGAUUGUGAUUUUUUUUCAGUUUCAGUUUCACUUAGCUAGCAAAUGCAGCUGGCUAGAUUAGUUACUCAAACACUCUGCUCAAACAGAGGGAUGCUAUGGUAGCUAGCUGGAUAUGACUAUCCAACACAACACUGGAACUCUUCCUAGUCAAGGUAAGCUUUUGGUUUUAUUAAUUUAUUGCCACCGGAGUCCGACGGUGUAACUGCUUACCUACUAUACACUGUAACGUUACUGCAUGAUUGUAGCAGGUUUACUAACGCAUUAGUUCUAUUAGCUAUGUUGACUAGGACGUUACUUUAGCUAAUAUGGGGACAACGAUGUAGGCUGUGUGUAGCGGUUAUGACAUUUUGGUUUGGAAAGGUUUUUUCACCAUACAGCUGAUGUGUUGUCAUUGAAGUCCACAAAUGAAGGGAAAAGGUGAGAGGAGGAGAGUGCAUACGAGAAGGAAUACAACGUGGCUGCUAUGAAAGUGUACACAGCCCAUCUGUAAUUAGCCCAUCCAACUACCUCAUCCCCAUAUUGUUAUUUAUUUUGCUAAUUUGCACCCCAGUAUCUCUAUUUGCACAUCAUCUUUUGCACAUCUAUCAUUCCAGUGUUAAUACGAAAUUGUAACUAUUUUGCACUAUGGCCUAUUUAUUGCCUUACCUCCAUAAUUUACUACAUUCGCACACAUUGUAUAUAUAUUUUCUGUUGUAUUUUUGACUUUAUAUUCUGUUUACCCCAUAUGUAACUCUGUGUUGUUGUUUUUAUCGCACUGCUUUGCUUUAUCUUGGCCAGGUCGCAGUUGUAAAUGAGAACUUGUUCUCAACUGGCUUACCUGGUUAAAUAAGGUGAAAAAAAACAAACAUGUGUUUAUGCAUGAUCAGGGGUGUAUUCAUUCCUCCGAUUCUGUUGAAAAACGUUUCUUAAAUGGAAUCAAACGAAAUGGGGAUAAAAAUACCUGAAUUUGUCCAACAGAAACUGCAACUGUUGGUCUAAAGAUUAUACCCUAGAUAAGCUAAAUGCAGGCAAGUGUGGAAGGCGGCACUGAAUGUGUCACUGUCUGUCCAUGUGUCACUGUCUGUCAUCUCAAAUGUUUCUCUCAACCUGUGUACACCUACGUUGUAAACUUUCAUUCAUAGGCUAGGUUGUAGCAACCUCAUGAAAAGUAGAGUAUCAUGUAGUAGCCUAAACCUAUCGAUGUUACAUUGAACUAGGUGAAUGGAAUAUGAAUGACAGUCAUCCAACAUGCUGUAAUAGAAAUAAGGCCAUGCUCCUCCCUCAUCAUAAACGGCACUGACCGCCACUGAUACACACACAUGCACACACACAUACACAAACACUCACUCACAGGCAGAAAAAAUACAUGUACUGACAAGAAUACACACAAUUCAUCACCUCUUCCUCUCCCUCUUUUCAUCCAGAACGCCCGGGAUGGAGAAGGGGUUGAGAAGGUGAUGAACGACUUGGACGCCAACAGCGACGGCGAGGUGGACUUCACAGAGUUCAUCAUCCUCAUGGGAGCUCUGACGGUGGCCUGCAAUGACUUCUUCAUGGAAUACAAGCCCGAAAAACUCAUCCACAAGCCCUUCGAAAAAAAGGAGGCAACGACAGAGGAGAUGAAAGAGUGAAGGAAAGAUGGGAG